UCUAUGAUGAGAACAGUUUCAAUUCUUUCUUUUUUAUUCUUCUUUACUUUUUUGAAGAUAAGGAGAUGCUUUAUGAAGUCGCCAUGGAAGCUCGAAUUAUAGUCCUUACAUGGCUGUGGCUGCAUUUAAUGGAACCAGACAUGGAAUUUAUGGUUCAACAUUUGAGAGGAUCUUUAGGAGCAACAAUGUCCAUUUACUUGGUCAUAUGGCUAGUUCUUCUUUUCAGGCACAAAGUGCCCGGAGAAACCUCGAAAAUCCGGCAGAGCCUCCAUUGUUUCAAGCUCCUAGUUCAUGGCGAACUUCAUAUAGAACAAAUUCAAUUGAACUUAACUCCAUCACAGAGCUACAAGAUAGAGAAAAAGAUCAAGUGCAUGGUUCUCUUUCCCGAGACAAAAACUGGCUGAGAAGUUUGAAGGACAGUAAUGUUGAUAGUAGUUUAUCACUUUCUUUGUUCUCAUCUUCAGCCUCAAAGUCUAGCAGAUUAGAAGAAAGUGACGGUAGUAGAAAACAACCAAGAAUGGCAACUAUUUCGGAUCAAAGGCUUGUUGUUGAUGGUGGGGAUCACCAUGUUUAUAACCUUAGCCAGCUUCCCAUGCUACAAGACAAACAAACAAAGGAUACGAGUAAAAGUGAGAAUACAAAAGACUCCAAGACAACCCCUAGCACCAUAAAUGAAGCAGAGGAUGAGGAAGAGGAAGUUGAUGACAAUCCUAGACCGACAAAUGGAGCAAGCUCGAGCAAUAGCACUGCUGAAGAGAAUGGGAAAAAGGCAGCUUCUAGAUCUGUAAGGCAGUAUGUACAACCAAAGAACCCGAGGCUCCGGUGGACUCCUGAUCUUCAUCUUCGGUUUAUUCAUGCUGUGGAAAGGUUGGGAGGACAAGAUAGAGAAAGACCUAAGUUAGUUCUUCAAUCAAUGAAAAUCAAAGGCCAUAGCAUCGCCCAUGUCAAGAGUCAUCUUCAGACGUACAGGAGCAAGAAGAUUGAUGAUCCCAAUCAAGCUAUUUCAGAUCAAAGGCUCGCUGUUGAUGGUGGGGAUCACCAUAUUUAUAACCUUAGCCAGCUUCCCAUGCUACAGGAUAAGGAGAUGCUUUAUGAAGUCGCCAUGGAAGCUCGAAUUAUAGUCCUUACAUGGCUGUGGCUGCAUUUAAUGGAACCAGACAUGGAAUUUAUGGUUCAACAUUUGAGAGGAUCUUUAGGAGCAACAAUGUCCAUUUACUUGGUCAUAUGGCUAGUUCUUCUUUUCAGGCACAAAGUGCCCGGAGAAACCUCGAAAAUCCGGCAGAGCCUCUAUUGUUUCAAGCUCCUAGUUCAUGGCGAACUUCAUAUAGAACAAAUUCAAUUGAACUUAACCCCAUCACAGAGCUACAAGAUAGAGAAAAAGAUCAAGUGCAUGGUUCUCUUUCCCGAGACAAAAACUGGCUGGUGAAUCUGGAAGAAACAAGAACGCAAAAAAGAAAGGUUUUAGAUUCAGAUUGUGAUCAAAAUUUGAAUCUCUCGCUGAAAAUGACACCAAAACAUGAUGUUUUUUAGAGAAGUUUGAAGGACAGUAAUGUUGAUAGUAGUUUAUCACUUUCUUUGUUCUCAUCUUCAGCCUCAAAGUCUAGCAGAUUAGAAGAAAGUGACGGUAGUAGAAAACAACCAAGAAU